CCAGUGAACUGCCAUCAGUCACAUGACUGGGUAAUAACUGUUUCCUGAAACAUACUAGAUAAUCAUGCCAACUACGCAGCAGUCGCCUCAAGAUGAGCAGGAGAAGCUGUUGGACGAGGCGGUGCAGGCCGUCAAGGUGCAGUCUUUCCAGAUGAAACGAUGCCUGGACAAGAACAAGUUGAUGGAUGCCCUGAAGCACGCCUCCAACAUGUUGGGAGAGCUGAGGACCUCCAUGCUCUCCCCAAAAAGCUAUUAUGAGCUCUACAUGGCCAUCUCUGAUGAGCUGCACUACCUGGAAGUUUACCUGACCGAUGAGUUUGCCAAGGGACGCAAGGUGGCCGAUCUCUACGAGCUGGUUCAGUAUGCAGGAAACAUCAUUCCUAGGCUGUACCUAUUGAUCACGGUGGGGGUGGUGUACGUGCGCUCCUUCCCCCAGUCGCGUAAGGACAUCUUGAAGGACCUGGUGGAGAUGUGCCGGGGGGUGCAGCACCCGCUACGAGGCCUUUUCCUCAGGAACUACCUGCUGCAGUGCACACGCAACAUCCUGCCCGACGACGGCGAACAGGCAGACUUACGAAGUGUCCCAACUUCACCAGAGUUGGGGGAAGAGAUGACGGGGGACAUCAACGACUCCAUCGACUUUGUGCUGCUGAACUUUGCGGAGAUGAACAAGCUGUGGGUGCGCAUGCAGCACCAGGGCCACAGCCGCGACCGCGAGAAGAGGGAGAAGGAGAGGCAGGAGCUGCGCAUCCUGGUGGGCACCAACCUGGUGCGCCUCAGCCAGCUGGAGGGGGUCAACGUGGACAAAUACAAACAGAUCGUGCUGUCUGGCAUCCUGGAACAAGUGGUGAACUGCAGGGACUCGCUGGCACAGGAGUACCUCAUGGAGUGUAUUAUACAGGUUUUCCCAGAUGAAUUCCACCUCCAGACGCUCAACCCCUUCCUGCGCUCGUGUGCCGAGCUGCAUCAGAAUGUCAAUGUCAAGAACAUCAUCAUUGCCCUGAUUGACAGAUUGGCGCUGUUUGCCCACAGGGAAGAUGGCCCUGGCAUCCCAGCAGAGAUCAAACUCUUCGACAUCUUCUCCCAGCAAGUAGCAACUGUGAUUCAGUCUCGCCAGGACAUGCCCUCGGAGGACGUGGUCUCCCUGCAGGUGUCCCUCAUCAACCUGGCCAUGAAGUGCUACCCCGACCGCGUUGACUACGUAGACAAGGUGCUGGAGAGCACCUCCGAGAUCUUCAACAAACUCAACCUAGAACACAUUGCGACGAGCAGCGCGGUGUCCAAGGAGCUGACGCGGCUCCUAAAGAUCCCGGUGGACACCUACAACAACAUCCUGACAGUGCUGCAGCUCAAGCACUUCCCGCCGCUUUUCGAGUACUUCGACUACGAGUCGCGCAAGAGCAUGAGCUGCUACGUGCUCAGCAACAUCCUGGACUACAACACCACCAUCAUUGCCCAAGAGCAGGUGGACUCUAUCCUGACCCUGGUGUCGACGCUGAUCCAGGACCAGCCAGACCAGCCCGCGGAGGACCCGGACCCGGAGGACUUUGCUGAGGAGCAGAGCCUGGUGGGCCGCUUCAUCCACCUGCUGCACUCAGACGACCCCGACCAGCAGUACCUGAUCUUGAACACAGCAAGGAAGCACUUCGGCGCCGGGGGCAACCAGAGGAUCCGUUUCACGCUGCCCCCGCUGGUGUUUGCUGCUUAUCAGCUGGCCUUCCGCUACAAGGAGAACUCAUCUGAGGAUGACAAAUGGGAGAAGAAGUGUCAGAAGAUCUUCUCGUUUGCCCACCAGACCAUCAGUGCCCUGAUCAAGGCCGAGCUGGCUGAGCUGCCACUCCGCCUCUUCCUGCAGGGGGCACUGGCAGCAGGAGAGAUCGGCUUCGAGAACCACGAGACCGUCGCCUACGAGUUCAUGUCUCAGGCGUUCUCGCUGUACGAGGAUGAGAUCAGCGACUCCAAGGCCCAGCUGGCGGCCAUCACGCUGAUCAUCGGCACGUUCGAGCGCACACGCUGCUUCAGCGAGGAGAACCACGAGCCGCUGCGGACGCAGUGCGCGCUCGCCGCCUCCAAGCUGCUGAAGAAGCCCGACCAGUGCCGCGCCGUCAGCAUCUGCGCACACCUCUUCUGGUCCAGCCGCAACACCGACAAGAGCGGAGAGGAGAUCCGCGAUGGGAAGAGGGUGAUGGAGUGCCUGAAGAAAGCCCUGAAGAUAGCCAAUCAGUGCAUGGAUCCUUCCCUGCAAGUGCAGCUCUUCAUCGAAAUCCUCAACCGAUACGUCUGCUUCUACGAGCGUGAAAACGAUGCGGUGACUGUGCAGGUCCUGAACCAGUUGAUCCAGAAGAUCCGCGAAGACCUGCCCAACCUGGAGGCGAGCGAGGAGACGGAGCAGAUCAACAAGCACUUCCACAACACGCUGGAGCACCUGCGGCUGCAGAGGGAGUCGCCGGAGUCCGAGGGUCCCGCAUACGAGGGCCUGGUGCUGUAGGGGGCGCCGCAGAGCAGAGCACCACGCUGCAGUGCUGGGCUUUUACAUAUGAUGUGUUAUUAACGCGUGCGGCAAACACGCGAAGGCCAGAGGAGCUGUACAUGUAUAUAUUACACACACACACACACGCACACACACACACACUCUUUCGCGCACACACACGCACUCACAUACAUUCCCACACACACACACACACAAACACACACACACAGACACUCUCUCACACGCUCGCUCUGCAGUGCAACCACACACCAGGGUAUUCCAUCCAGGGGGGAAAAACUAAGCAGCAACUUCCACCUGCGACUCUUCUCUCUGCUUCUCGUUUAUUUUUCUCCCCUGAACUUCUCUCUGUCUAGCCAUUCCUUACACGUUCCUGGCUCUCUCUCUCUCUCUCUCUCUCUCUCUCUCUCUCUCUCUCUCUCUCUCUCUCUCUCUCUCUCUCUCUCUCUCUCUCUCUCUCUCUCUCUCUCUCUCUCUCUCUCUCUCUCUCUCUCUCUCUCUCUCUUUUUUUUUUUUUUUUCAACGUGGCUUUUUACUGUCUGUCGCUUUCAUAAUUCAUGCAUUCUUGUAGAUAAGUGAGGAGAGGGAAGAGAAAGAAAAUGGAGAAAAAGGCUGUGCUCACUCAGCAUCUCUGCUCAACCACUUGUCUAAUGUCACUACGUUAUAUGAAUUCAUCACAGCUGAGCUUUGGCGUUAAAAAGCAGAAAGGCAGGCCAACAUAACAAGUCAAACAGCCUGAGGAAAUGAUCAUCUUUUUCCAGCACAGUAUAUGCCUGUAUACAGAAAAAGAGAGAAACUGACUGUUGGCCAAUGUUGUGCUGCUUUCAGCUGUUGUGCUGUGGGUUGUGCUGACUGUAGGCAUGACUAAGCGAGCCAACACACUCAUGCAUGCCUGACGUCAAGUCCUGAGCUCCCUGUGUGUGUGUGUGUCUGUGUACAUUUGCUAUUCUGUGUGAAGCCUAACCAUGUUGAAGCAAACUAAAGCAAACCUGCCAUGUGCUGCAGGUUUAGAUUUUUUUUUUUAAAGGCCCAUUUCUCCUCUCCCUUCUCUUGUCUGUCUCAUCUUCCACUCUUUGUCAAAGUUCCCUCUCUCACAAACUUGUUUUUCAAGCACUGUCUGUUUCUAGAGGGUGAGUUUAUUCCCUCUUGAAAAUGCCCCCGCCCGCCAGCAUUUGGUCGGAUCACUGUGUUUCAAUGUGGAAUAUGGCAAAUCAGAAUGUGGGGUUGAAUAUUCGGAGAAAUAUAGGCAGUAAUGGGCAAAAUUGAUUCAUUAGUUGACGAUCCAGUUCCACGUAUUCCAAAUGACUUGGUCAAAUUCAAACAGGUUUUUCAUUCAACCAGCCAAUCACCCGGCUGAAUUGGACAGGUAAACUCGAGUCAUUUGGAAUGUGUGGAACAAGACUGUAACUCAUGAAUACAUUUUGCCCAUCACUGGAUGUAGGUGGGGUCGGGGUUGUUAUUAUUGAGGGUUCUUGGGUGUGUGUGGACCCUCAAAGGAGAGUGUAUGGCUUUAUGGGCACAUUGCUAUAAUGAAAGCGUUGGCCUGACAAAAACACCCACCCAUGCAGGUCUCUCAUCUCGUGUCUGUUUUUUAUUACUAUUAUUAUUAUUAUUAUUAUUAUUAUUAUUUGCGCCCCUAACCCCUAAGCAUCUUCUAUGUGUAAUCUAAUUGUAAAUCAGAUAAAAAUCAAAGGAAGUAUCAUCGAUUUCAUGUCAUUUGCACAAAUAAUAAAAAAAAUAUUAUAUUAACGCCCUGCGUCUUCACAAGUAAUUCACUUUUGCGUGUCUACAUGUUUAUGCUUGGACUGGUCCCAUUCGUGUUUAGUGCCUCCACGUCUCAACAUGCGUAAUACUCAUAACUACUUGAAACCAUUUUUUUUUUGUAUAUGGACGGAUUGGUCAAACUCAAAGAUGUGCUAAAGAAAGAGAGUAUAUAUCAUAGUUGAAGAACCUGAGCUGAAAUGAAACCCGCCUACUGCACCAGAGAUUCUUUAAGUAU